UUCGACGCGUUAUGUACCUGUAUCCAGUCUAGGAUAUCACUAGUUUCAUGCUUCGAAAGACCGUUUGCCAGUGAAAUUGUAUUAAUUAUUUUCUGAACUUGUACUUUAUUUUCAAUUUUCUUUAAAAAAACUUUGAAAACAAUGUCUUUGGAAGAGAGGUUUAAUAAAGCAGCAGAGAAUAUUAAAACGUUGACGGCCAGGCCCACUGACGAUGAAUUGAAAGAAAUUUAUGCCUUGUUUAAACAGGCCACUGUAGGAGAUAUUAAUGUCGCACGACCUGGAAUGCUGGAUUUCAAAGGCAAAGCUAAAUGGGACGCUUGGAACUCUAAGAAAGGCAUGUCUUCUGAUGCUGCUAAAGAAGCCUAUAUUUCAAAAGCCGCCGAGUUGAUGGCAAAGUACAAAUAAAUUGUAAGUCAUGCCCUAGUGUGAAAACGAGAAAUCUUUCUCAUUUAUCACGCAAACUUUAGCCCAAUGAAUUGUUAUUAAAAUUUUUCAAGACUGGCAGAAGUUUCAAAUGAAAUACACGACUGUUACCAAAUAA